AUGAACUCCCUGAAUUUCUGCGGACCGUCCCGUGGAGGUGUGUAUCCUCUGCACGGUGUGAACUCCUUGCUGUUGGACCUCCACCAGCAGAUGGCGGAGCAGUACCACGUUUACUCUGCAGCCAGCCCCGCAGUGCACACUCUGUCUGUGGCCGAGAGGCUGGCAGAGCUGAUUCUGGAGGCUCGAUACGGCAACCAGCAGAAGCAGCGCCGCAGUCGCACAGCAUUCACAGUGUCACAGCUGCAGUCUCUGGAGAAAGCCUUCCAGCAGACACAGUAUCCAGACGUCAGCAUGAGAGAGAGGCUGGCUGUGAACAUCAACCUGCCUGAGGCUCGCAUACAGGUGUGGUUCAAGAACAGGCGCGCAAAGUUUCGUAAAGGUCAGAGGUGUUCCCCGCUCUCCAGAGAUCACGGUCUGGAGGAGGCGUCACAUCAACAAAAGGUGGGACAAGAGGAGAGGACAGAGGAAAAAGAUGACAUCAGCAAAUCACCUGCUGACAUCCCUCCUCCCUGCUCUCCUACUCCUCCUCCUCCUCCUCCCCAUGUGAAUACAACCGGGACAUUUGCCCUCCUCUGACUCCUUCAGACUCUGAUGUUUCACGUUUCUCCCUCUGCCUCCACUCCCCUCCGCUUUUCCCCUUCAUGGCAGGAGAGCGAUACAGCCACCCGCCUCACCAGCCUGUCGUAGGCGUUCUGUCCACCGAGCUCCCCCUCCCCCCGGUGUUCUGGCCGGUCAUACAGCAGCACGGCUCCGGCCAGGGGGUUAGUAAAAACUGCAGCUUCUCCCUUUAGACUGCUCGUUCAGGUAAAGCCAUGCCUCACCCUCACCUGGGGCUGUAACUGGAGACCUCAACAGUUCAGGAUCUCUGCUCCCUAUGGACUCAGGUAGACCUGAAACAACCCUGCAGUGUCGGGCCAGGCAAAGGGAUAAGGUGGAGAAGCACUUAUUGCCUUGUUUCUUAAACCUGACAUAAACAGUGAACACAGUUUGUUUUCUAGUGAGCUUCAUGAAUGUGUGUCGGUUUAAAAGGAUCAGAAGCUGUAAAGUUUUUUUAAGUACUUUUUUAAAACACAAAGUGUAAUUGGGUCUGCUUAAAUCACUUUAAGGGGUUGGUUUUAGUUGACAAGAUUAACGAGCUGUUGACUUCAUAACAUUUUGAGUCCAAACAGAACAACAACA